CGGCCCCAGCCCAGAGCCAGCCCAGUCGCUGCCGCCCGCCCACAAAGCCACAGGCAGGUGCAGGCUCUGCCGAGGCGCGAGCGGGCAGAGAGGAGCCGUUAGCCCGCGCCGUCCGUGCGUCCGUCCGUGCGCCCGUCCGUGCGUCCGUCCGCUGAGGCCUCCGUCCGUCGGCGCGCAGCAGCUCCGGCCCAGGCCCAGCGGCCACGGCCCCUCGUCGUCCCGCACCCUGAGCCGCCGGGCAGAGCCGGCUUCGGCGCGCGGCAAGCAUGUCCAUGGGCCUGGAGAUCGCGGGCACCUCGCUGGCCGUGAUGGGCUGGCUGAGCACCAUCGUGUGCUGCGCGCUGCCCAUGUGGCGGGUGACAGCCUUCAUCGGCAGCAGCAUCAUCACGGCGCAGAUCACCUGGGAGGGCCUGUGGAUGAACUGCGUGGUGCAGAGCACCGGCCAGAUGCAGUGCAAGGUGUACGACUCGCUGCUGGCGCUGCCCCAGGACCUGCAGGCGGCCCGCGCCCUCAUCGUCGUGUCCAUCCUGCUGGCCGGCUUCGGGCUGCUCGUGGCGCUGGUGGGCGCCCAGUGCACCAACUGCGUGCAGGACGACACGGCCAAGGCCAAGAUCACCAUCGUGGCGGGCGUGCUCUUCCUGCUGGCCGCCGUGCUCACGCUGGUGCCGGUGUCCUGGUCGGCCAACACCAUCAUCCGGGACUUCUACAACCCGCUGGUGCCCGACGCGCAGAAGCGUGAGAUGGGCGCGGGGCUGUACGUGGGCUGGGCGGCCGCCGCGCUGCAGCUGCUGGGGGGCGCGCUGCUCUGCUGCUCCUGCCCCCCGCGCGACAAGAAGUACGCGCCCACCAAGAUCCUCUACUCGGCGCCGCGCUCCGCCGGCCCCGGCACCAGCACGGCCUACGACCGCAAGGACUACGUCUGAGGCGCGGCCGCGGGGAGACCCCAGCACCCCCGCCCCCUCGAGCGGGAGAGCCCACCAGCCCGGCGCGCAGCCUCCCGUCGGAGACCAGCCCACCCCACGCGCCGGGAGCUCUCCCACUGGACUGCGAGGGACCCCCAACCCGGCCUCCCCUUCCCCCGCCGCACGCCUCUCCCCCGAUCCUCCCCCCACCCUGGGCCCCAGGGUCGGGGAGCGGGACCACGGCGCGCGCGGGGGACCAGCCCGCACGGACAGUGAAACCUUGUUCCUCCGGAGCGCGGGGCUGCGGGGGCCGCCGCGCCUGCCCAGCCCCGUCGGGCAGCAGCCCCCAAGCCCGCGUUGGGUGGGGACCGGCUGUCUUGAAAAGGGCCAGUGGAUAUUUUUCAAUAAAAGCCUUUCGUUUUGCA